UCUAUAUUUUUGUACCACUUGCGCCCACCGUCCAAGUCGGACUUCUGUUACGGCCAAACAUAUAUUUUAUACGGGCGUCUUCCUCGUAUUUCAUUCUCUUGCCCAGUUCCUCCCGCCUGCGUCAUUCCUCCUCAAACUCCGCAUUUUAUCCGUGUACUCUCCGCCCCUUACUGUUUGUGACAAGCAGAGGGGGGAAGUAGUUUAGGAAGUCACGUGCUCAGACUCGCCAAUGCCAGCGAAGCAAUUGGUAUCUCAGACUAAACACAUCGCUUGUGGCUAGUUAUGAAGAUGGCUGGGGUCGGGAGUUAGUGGCGGAGCAAUAGGGAUACCGUUAUAUCCUACACUGGAAGGAAAGAACAAAGUGUGAAGAACCAAAGGACCUGGACUGUGGAAGAUGAUGAUGAGAAUGAAGAUUAUUUUUUUCUAUUUGAUUUCUUCUGUUAUCUUGAUUGUUCAGCAAGCUGAACUAGUAAAUGUAUGUGGUCGCAUAUUUCCGGACUCCGGUGUUGUGCAUCGCGAAAGGCCAUUCACAGCGAUCUGUGUCAUUAAUGAGACUUGUCUCGGAGAAGAUGCCCAGAGAGUAUAUUGGAAUGUUAGAGGUGUUAAGGUACCAGAAACGCAGUACACGCUCUUAAACCGUACAGCUUCAAGUGUGACCUUUGAGAACCUGACCACGCUGAGCAGUCCUCUGACCUGUAAUGUCUUGGCAUCUGGACAUGUUCCAAAUACACUGCAUGGAAUUUUCUUUACGUUGGGCUUGCCUCCAGAUAAGCCCACAAACCUGACCUGCAUUGUGUAUAACCAAGACAACCUGACCUGCACUUGGGACCCUGGAAGGCCUACAGAUCUCAUCACAAAUUACACUCUGUCACACAAAUGGAAGCCCUUGGCACUGACUGCGGAGAGGGGCUCUGAAUUGGUGCAAAACAAGGUUAUGAGCUUGCCUGCUGCUAGGGCCAGAGGGAGGAAAUGGACUCUCCCCAAACAUGGGUAUACAAAUUCUGAAGGAGACCAGAUGUUCAGGGCAAACCUCCCGAAAUAUUACUGCAAAGGAACCAAUCGUUCGUGUUCAAUCUUUUAUCCAGAAUUUCAGUUCUUUGUUGAUACUACAUUGCAAGUGGAAGUGAAAAAUGAGCUUGGAAGUCAAGAAUCCGACACGCUAACGGUAGAUCCUGUCAAUAUAGUCAAACCUAAUCCUCCUGAAGUCAGUGAUCUGAUCUCAGCCGUGGAAUUACCAAAUGCACUAAAAAUAAAGUGGAGGAAUCCGUUGCUGAAUGCUUUUACACUGAAAUACAACAUCCGAUAUCGGCCUGUGAAAAACCAGGAUUGGGAGAUGGUACCAGAGGAAGACACUGCAUCCCACAGGGAUUCAUUCACCUUGCAAGACCUGCUGCCCUAUACAGAAUAUGAGGUUUCAAUACGCUGCAUAAAGGAAGAUGGCCGUGGAUUUUGGAGCGACUGGAGCGAAGUAAAGAAACAAGUGACCCCAGAAGCUCAACCAUCCAGAGGACCAGAUGUAUGGAAGAAAAUUGAAAGCCCCGAUGCUAAUGGAAAUAGAGAAGUUAUGAUAAUGUGGAAGAAUUUAAGUGACUCUGUAGCCAAUGGCAAGAUUUUGCUGUACGGUGUAACCUUUCAGAGCGGAUCACAGUCUACGACUUUCAAUGUGACCACAACAAGCUACAAGAAAACAUUAUCAAAGGAUCUCUAUUCUGUCAGUGUCACGGCUUACAACGGCAGAUUUGCUUCUCCUCCAUCAAAAUUAAAUAUCCCCCGUUCUGGUAACUGUCCAGUGCUCGAUCAGGAGUUCAGAGUUAAAACCUUUCCCAAGGAGGAGAAGCUAUGGGUGGAGUGGACUCCUCCAAAUAAAUCGUUGGACGGCUACAUCAUAGAGUGGUGCAAUAAAUAUGCCCAAGAAGGCUGCAUUAGUGAUUGGCAGCGUGAGACACGCAAUGUAAAUGGUACAUUUUUGAGAGGAGAACUGGAGCCCCUUAAAUGUUAUUUGAUCAAAGUGUACCGACUCUAUAAGGAUGGCUGUGAAAGUGUAAGAAGUGAGGAGGCCUAUCUUCAGCAAGGAACUCCUUUGGUAGGUCCUAAUAUCCAUACAAAACAAGUGGAGAAAUACAGGGCCAUCUUGCAGUGGACUCCGGUUCCAUUUGAUAAACGGAAUGGAUUCAUCAGGAAUUACACAAUAACAUACAAAUCAAGCCAUGGGAAUGCGUCUACUGUGGUAAUAGAUCCUACAGAUACUGAAUAUACUCUGUCCAAGCUAGAAGGAAACACACUGUACUCUGUACAUAUGGUGGCUUACACAGAAGAAGGAGGAAAGGACGGACCCAUCUUUACAUUCACAACCCUGAAAUUUGCCAACGGAGAAGUUGAAGCUAUUGUGGUAUCCUGCUGUGUAGCUUUCUUUAUACUGGUGAUUAUUGGAGUCAUGCUGUGUUUCAACAAGAGAGAUCUGAUCAAAAAGCACAUUUGGCCCAAUGUUCCAGAUCCUUCAAAGAGUAACAUUGCUCAGUGGUCCCCUCAGACACCAAGCAGGCACGAUUUUAAUACAAAAGGCCACCCAUUUCAAGAUGGCAGCUUUACGGACGUGAGCGUGGUCGAGAUAACGGCAGAGCACCAGAAGUCUGAGCAGGAUAUUAAGUCCAUGGAUCCGCUGAAAAAGAACACGUCCGAGGGUUCAAGCAGUGGAAUCGGAGGCUCUUCGUGUUUGUCGUCCCCGCGACUCAGCAUUUCCGACUGUGACGAGGUGGAAUCUGCCCAAACCACUUCCAGCACCGUCCAGUAUUCCACCGUUAUAAUCAGCGGAUACCGAGAUCAGCAGCCCAGCGCAGUUGCUCCGCAUGUAUUCUCAAGAUCCGAGUCAACACAGCCGCUGCUCGAUUGUGAGGAGAGGCCCGAAGAGCCGCCCCCCGGAGAUAAAGAAGGGGAACCGCAGGGGGGCAACCAGUAUUUUAAACAGAAUUGUGGUCUGGAAGAUUUUACUAACAAAUUGCAGCAGGAAGAGCCCAGCCAUAUUCAGGAGCAGUUAUCUGCCCCCGACCAGCAUUUUGGGGAACAAGAAAGGGAUUUCCCUUUAGGACAAAAUGGCCAGUCAGCUGAUUCUCAGUUGGACACAAACAGCGGAGAAUGUAAAAGUUAUUUACCACAAACAGCAAAGAGUGGAGGUUACAUGCCACAGUAGAUACCUUUUCACCUCACUUUAAUCUUAUUACAUAAAUGUUCUGGGAGAGACCUGUCCAGUGUCAUUAUACAAAGAAAUGUAUGGACUGUACACUGCACAGGCUACAGACUAAUCUAUUUACAUUUAGCAAUGCAACAACCAGACUUCAAUGUACCACAAUCUGAAUGUGCCUAUAGUCCUAAGCCAGAGAGCUGUGGGUAUUGUGUUAUCAGAACACUGAAAUAUCUGUCUAUACCUGGCUUAGCCCCGUGUCUUCUCCUGUAAUACCCUAUGUGCUGUGUGCAGCAUCACCUCUAUCUAAAUGGCUCAAAAAGCAAAUUAUUUAGGAAUGAAUGACACCACCAAACUGGAGCUACAUCUCCAUGUACCAUAUGUCUUUAUUAACCAAAGAGAUCAGAAUACAAAAAACAGGGUACUAGACAAGAGUCAAAGAAUCGGGAGAAGCAGUAAAGGAAGCUAAAUGGAUUUUGUCAUGAUUUUUAUGGUGUCGUUUUUAUUUCUAAAUUACACUGCAAAUUUUCCAAGUUGUAA